GGAUACGCUACUAGCUACUCGCAUAAUAUUAUGACAAUUCGUUGAUGAAAAUAUACCUCUUGCCAGGCACAUCAGUCAAUCAAUCAAUCAAUCAAUCAAUCAAUCAGUGCCCCCCGUAUCUCUGCGAGACGAGACUACUUUAUUACGCGUCUGCGCUUAGCUUCUACUAAUUGCAUAACCUGUUCACGGUAAGGCAAGAAUCUUCUUCGUAGUCAAUCAGAAUCAAUCACGACGACAAAAACAAAAUGCCGAAGCGAAAGCCCACUCGAGGUCCCUUUGUGCGUAUUCCGCAGUACGCCAGGGACGCGAAGACGGAUAGACUCAAACGAGAGAGGAACAAGAUCAAAAAGGAAAUCGAGCGAAAUCGGGAGUUGUAUCCUAGCGACUACGAAAGUGAAGAUGAAAAGGAAGAAGCCAAAAAAGCUAGAAGGAUGGAGCAGGAGGAGAAUGAUUCAUCUGCUGCGAAGAGGAGACGAACGUCAGAGGGAGAAGCAGCGGGGACUAAGGAUGCUUCAAACACUAGUGGAAAAGCGACGGCCUUGCUAAAGGACCUCUUGGCUAUGGGAAAGGUGAGAAAAGCCCGCUUUGAACGCUUAAAGAAAGAAGGCGACUUUUUUCUCCAAUCCGAAGAAUCCGUGGACCGACUCCUCAAAGUGAAAGGAGGCGUGGUGGAACACACGGUUGUUAUGGACAUCAUCGAAUCUGGCUCUUCUAGACAUUCCUGCAUGUGGGCGGGUACAUUCCUUAAUCAUGCAAAGGCUAAUAAAAGCCACACACAAAGAACACCUCUAGAAUAGGUACAAUCAUCAUCAUCAUCAUCAUCAUCAUCAUCGUACAUUCUUUGGAGUGCCUUGUUCACAUUCUGUUUGCAAUAGGCUUUCUUUUCACAAUAAUACGUAUACCUGUUCCAUCUAAUUAUAAUUUAAUUACUGUGGUUCACUCACAUACAUUCUUUCACUCAUACAGUUUACUGAGUAAUGGGUUCUCGUUUGCCUCUUCAAGCAAGUUGUAAGAAUCGUGAAGAUUGCUCUACAACUGGAAAAGUGUUGUACCUAUGAAUGUAUUAAUACAGCAGUACUAUGCAAGUAAGUCACUCCUACAUGAUUUAUUUACUUCAGAAGUAAUGACACCUCUUCUGCUACUAGAGCAUGUCAUUAUUAAUGAGCACUUCUCUGGUCUACCUCUAACAAACCGAACUGCUUUGACGAGAUGCAAUUGAGAAAGGAGUUUCCGGAUCAAGGUGUGGGACACAAAUACUUCGCGAGCGGCAAAUUCGCCAUUCAGUACGUCCUGAGUAGAGAAGGAAUCCCAGUAUGCCAAGUGAUCAAGAAGGAGAGGGUUUGAGGAGAUCUUCACUGCGUAUGCGGAGACACGUUCACUGAUGUAAAAGGCAUAUUAUAACAGUCGGAUCACGAAAUAAGGAUAUUCGCGAAAGGCUUCUCGCGAGAUAGAUGGGACCCCUGAAAUCACCCUUAGGCAUGAUAUUGUUACUGCAUAAAUGAGACAUGAUAAAAGCCUAGACCACCCCAU